AUGACGACCUCACGUGUAUUUUCAGGAACAAAGAAGUUUGUCGUCUCGGUUGUGAAUAGUAAUACAUUGAAGUUGGAAAGAGGAUUCUUGAUCUACGGGAAAUCAGAGGCACCCAGGAUAACACAGAAAUAUGUCAUGCAGGUUCCGGCUACUGAUGAAGCUGUUAGAAGGAGAAUCGCCAUCCGCAAUCCAUACGGUCUACCAAAGACAUUCCGAAUCACAACUUCCCAUCCGGAUAUAAUCAAAAUCACUGAUCAGUUGAUGUCAGUUCCUCCAAUGGGGAAACUGGCAUGUGAAAUGUUCUUUUUGAGGAGUUCACAUCAUCAGCAGACAAUUGAGACUCUUCUAUACAUUUCGGAUGCGGAGACAUAUGUUCAAGAGGAAGCAUAUUCAGUUACACUUGUCUUUGAAGAAUUAUAA